GCGGCGCGGCCCGGCGCAGUGCAGCAGCGCGCCGGCGCCCGGCGGGGCGCCGGCGGGGCGCGCGGCGAGCGAGGUGGCGGAGUGCCCCGGGGGCUUCGUGGAGGCGAGAGUCAUGGCCCGGUGGACGACCCCCUGCAUCGCCGCCACCCCUCUUGGGAGCCCUCCGCGCAUGGGGCUGCACAGGAAGGGCCUCGUCUCCCCGGGCGAGUGGCACCCGGUCACCCUCUGGCCGCCGAUCAGCCCCGUCACGAUCUGGAGGACGGCCCUCUACUUCAGGAACAUGAUCUGGCCGCACGUGACGGUCAAGAUCUGGGACGCGCGCGAGGCGGAGGCGAGGGAGGGGCUCUCCAAGGCGGAGUUCUUCCAGAAGCACAGCUUCGUGCUGCUGCACCGGCCCACCGCCAUGACGGCGAGGGACUGGAUGCUCAGCGCGCCCCGGACCCUAGACCUCUCGCACUUCUUGGGCGUCGCGUGAUGGGGGGGCAGCGAGGGC